GGAGGGCGGGGGGAGGAGCCCGGGCGCCCGGCAGCCCGCGCGGUCCCAGCGCCUCACGCGGUGUGCGGGCCGGGGCCGUGGGAGCACGCGGAGCCAUGCCCAAAUCCAAGCGGGACCGCAAAGUGUCGCUGACGCGGACGCCGCGGAAGGGCCUGGAGGCCAAGCAGGCGCUGAUCGCUGAGCUGCGGCGAUGCGUGGACACCUACAAGUACAUCUUCGUCUUCUCCGUUGCCAACAUGAGGAACAAGCAGCUGAAGGACGUGCGGAACGCCUGGAAGCACAGCAGGAUCUUCUUCGGGAAGAACAAGGUGAUGAUGGUGGCGCUGGGCCGGGAGCCAAGCAGCGAGUACAAGGAGAAUCUGCACAAGGUCAGCAAACACCUGAGAGGUGAGGUCGGGCUCCUCUUCACAAACCGCACCAAAGAGGAGGUGGACGAGUGGUUCUCCAAAUUCAGGGAGGUGGACUUUGCCCGUGCAGGGAACAAGGCAACGUACGGGGUGAGCCUGGACACGGGGCCCUUGGAGCAAUUCCCCCACUCCAUGGAGCCUCAGCUGCGGCAGCUGGGGCUGCCCACGGCCUUAAAGAAAGGAGUGGUGACGCUGCUCUCGGAUUACGAGGUCUGCAAAGAAGGGGACGUUCUCACCCCAGAACAGGCUCGUGUCUUGAAACUCUUUGGCUAUGAGAUGGCCGAGUUUAAAGUCACCAUCAAAUUCCUGUGGAAUUCUGAGACUGGCGACUUCCAGAAACUUGUGGGAGACUCAGUGGAGGAGGAAGCAGAGGAGGAUGGUGAUGAUGACAGCGAGGAAGACUAGCAGCAGUCCUUGUACUUGGACACCAGCCAAUUCUACUCUAUUCUAUUGAGAAAAAGGAUGUUCCCUGUUUGCAGCAGGAGGAUGAGGCCGAUCAGCUCCAACAUGCCCAUCAUGAAAGAUGACCCAGGUUUUUUGGUUUGGGGUAUUUGUUAUAACAUAAAUCUUUAUAUAAAAUGUGAGAUGGU